UGUUGUGGGGAAGCGUGUGGUGUGGCCAGUGGGGUCUUGUGUUGAAUUUUUUUACUUAUUUAUUAGUGGUUAUCUGGUCUUUUACAAUCGGCGGCAGCGAGAAUGUACCCCGCAGGACAACUUGGAUCCGCGUCCGAGAUCUACGUUGCAGGUGGAUAAUUUGUCCCAGAGUUUAGGCGAGCCAGCUGUGUGUGUCACAUGUUUCCGACAUGAGUCACAUUACUAGAGGACUGUCCCCAGCUAGAAGCAUGGCUGGAAAGAAUUUGUUAAGCGUCGGGGAAUUAGCAGAAUCCCCCCCACCUGGACCCUCAACUAGUGGCGGUUCUGUUGGGACAGCAGGAGUAGCGGCGAGUAGUGUCGCGGCUCCUAGCAAUAUGGGGCUUGUUCCCGCACAACAGGCACACACUCCUCCUCAACCUACAGAACUGCCAAUGUUUACGUGCCCUCGAAGACCAAACAUAGGACGAGAAGGUAGACCGAUCGGUUUGCGAGCUAAUCAUUUUCAAAUUAGUAUGCCCCGUGGCUAUGUACAUCACUAUGACAUUAGCAUACAACCUGAUAAAUGUCCUCGGAAAGUUAAUAGGGAAAUUGUAGAAACGAUGGUUCAUGCAUAUACUAAAAUAUUUCAAUCUCGUAAGCCUGUGUUUGACGGCAGAAAUAACUUGUACACAAGGGACCCCUUGCCUAUCGGGCAUGAUAAAGUAGAAUUAGAGGUUACACUGCCUGGUGAGGGAAAAGACAGAGUUUUCCGAGUGGUCAUAAAGUGGUUGGCGCAGGUUUCGCUAUUUGCUUUAGAAGAGGCUUUAGAGGGACGGACUAGACAAAUUCCAUAUGACGCUGUUCUCGCUUUAGAUGUUGUAAUGAGGCAUUUACCAUCUAUGACAUACACUCCAGUAGGUAGAUCGUUCUUUAGUACGCCAGAAGGAUAUUACCAUCCGUUAGGCGGAGGCAGAGAAGUGUGGUUUGGAUUCCAUCAAUCGGUGAGACCGUCGCAAUGGAAAAUGAUGUUGAAUAUCGACGUCUCUGCCACUGCCUUCUACAAAGCGCAGCCAGUUAUAGAGUUCAUGUGUGAAGUGCUGGAUAUCCGAGAUAUCAAUGAACAGAGAAAACCGCUCACGGAUUCUCAGAGAGUGAAAUUUACCAAAGAAAUCAAGGGUCUCAAGAUUGAAAUAACUCACUGCGGAGCUAUGAAGCGAAAGUAUCGAGUGUGCAAUGUUACACGCAAACCAGCUCAAAUGCAAUCAUUUCCAUUGCAACUGGAAAAUGGACAGACAGUUGAGUGUACAGUUGCCAAAUAUUUCUUAGAUAAGUACAAAAUGAAGCUGCGCCACCCACAUCUUCCUUGCUUGCAAGUCGGCCAAGAACAUAAACACACGUAUUUGCCGCUCGAGGUUUGCAAUAUUGUCGCCGGACAACGCUGCAUUAAAAAGCUAACAGACAUGCAGACCUCGACUAUGAUCAAAGCAACAGCGCGUUCCGCACCAGAUCGCGAACGGGAAAUUAACAAUCUAGUUAGAAGGGCUGACUUUAACAAUGAUUCUUAUGUACAAGAAUUCGGAUUGACUAUAUCGAAUAGUAUGAUGGAAGUCAGGGGUCGUGUACUACCUCCGCCCAAACUGCAGUAUGGAGGGCGCGUAAGUUCCCUCAGUGGACAGACGAAGCAGCAGGCGAUGCCUAAUCAAGGCGUGUGGGAUAUGCGUGGCAAGCAGUUCUUCACUGGAGUGGAAAUUAGAGUGUGGGCAAUUGCUUGUUUCGCACCCCAGAGAACAGUACGAGAAGAUGCGUUACGUUCAUUCACAACGCAACUACAGAAAAUUAGUAAUGAUGCUGGUAUGCCCAUCAUUGGGCAGCCAUGUUUUUGUAAAUAUGCUACUGGACCAGAUCAAGUCGAACCCAUGUUUCGAUACUUGAAGUCGACUUUCUCGCAGUUGCAGCUAGUUUGUGUUGUUUUACCAGGCAAAACUCCUGUAUAUGCUGAAGUGAAAAGAGUAGGAGACACAUUAUUGGGCAUGGCAACUCAGUGUGUACAAGCGAAAAACGUCAAUAAGACAUCACCGCAAACACUAUCCAAUCUCUGUCUUAAAAUAAAUGUCAAAUUAGGAGGCAUCAAUAGCAUUCUAGUACCUAGCAUAAGACCAAAAGUGUUUAACGAGCCGGUUAUAUUUCUGGGAGCUGAUGUGACUCACCCCCCGGCGGGAGACAACAAGAAACCUAGCAUAGCUGCUGUAGUAGGCAGCAUGGAUGCCCAUCCAUCUCGAUAUGCAGCGACUGUUAGGGUUCAGCAACAUAGACAAGAGAUUAUUCAGGAACUCAGUUCGAUGGUUAGGGAAUUGCUUAUAAUGUUUUACAAGAGCACAGGCGGAUAUAAGCCGCAUAGAAUAAUUCUGUAUCGCGACGGCGUCUCCGAAGGCCAGUUCCUUACCGUUUUGCAACACGAAUUGACUGCUAUUCGUGAGGCCUGUCUCAAGCUCGAGAUCGAUUAUAGACCUGGCAUAACGUUUAUCGUGGUGCAGAAGAGACAUCACACGCGUCUGUUCUGCGCGGACAAAAAGGAGCAAAGUGGUAAAAGUGGAAAUAUUCCGGCGGGUACGACUGUCGACGUAUGCAUAACUCAUCCGACGGAAUUCGACUUUUACCUCUGCAGUCACCAGGGUAUUCAGGGUACAUCGAGACCGUCGCAUUAUCACGUUCUUUGGGAUGAUAAUCACUUCGAAAGCGACGAGUUGCAGUGUCUCACGUACCAAUUAUGUCACACCUACGUCAGAUGCACGAGAUCCGUUAGUAUACCGGCCCCGGCGUAUUACGCUCAUCUCGUAGCGUUCCGGGCUAGAUAUCAUCUGGUCGAGAAAGAGCACGAUAGCGGAGAAGGAUCUCAUCAGUCGGGCUGCAGUGAGGAUAGAACACCGGGUGCAAUGGCACGGGCGAUCACAGUUCACGCCGACACGAAACGAGUUAUGUACUUCGCAUAAUUUUUUUCUCGUGUCGAAUUGAACCAUCAUCCAUCUCGGUGUUACCUCGGUGAAGAAACGACUGUAUAUAAUUGCGACUCCGUGAAGUGUGAAGAGCUUCGUCAGGCAGCCGGGAUCGCAGCACGUUGCGUCACAAAUUCAUGGACUAUUUAACAGUUAGGGCAAUCCAACCAAUCAAUUUUCUUGCGUACCUUUUGUCGACCCCUUUUCCUUUCCUUCUUUUCUCUUUUCUGUUCUUCACUUUCUUUUCUUUUCUUUUUUUCUUUAUCUUAAGUUUAUACGACAGCUUUUAUACGUGGCACUGGAUGUUUUAUUUACAUCUAUACAGAAAAAGCGAAUUUUCGAUUAACUUUAUGAACUUGUAGAGUAAGUUUUUAUGAGAGGUGCUUUUAAUGCAGUUUAUAAAUCAGAUUAAGGAUGUUUUGCACGUUUGGGUAGGAAAGUCGUUUGCGGUCGAAGUAGGUUUGAAAGUAAACUAAACGAGUUCUUUCUUUGUAAAAAUUAUGCUUGGUAAGAUCAUGGAGGGAAUUUCGACUUCUCUCAAAUUAACUAACUAAAUAUGUUUUAGUUGUAUUACUGGGAUAUAAUAGCGCUUUUCGAUUUAAUAAUCACAUAAACACUCAAUGAAAUUUAUGUAGCAUAUUACGCUUAUUUUUUUAGGGAACGAACUUUCCCUAGCGUUUGUAUGAAAAAGAAAAGAUGGGACAAAGAGACAAAAAUGACCUGGAGAAAACAUGAAUUAUAUAAAUCGCUAUUUGCGAGACUGUUAUCUUGUUGCAUGUAUGUAUAGCUUUCAUUUCGCGAGGAGUGAAACUCCGCUCUGUAAAUUCUGUAAAUUUUAGACUUCUAAUCAUGCUGAAGUGAUUGGCAUAAAAAGUGAAUAUCGGUUGACAAUGAUUGUACUAUCUUUAGGAUCGUGAAUCACGUCAUGUCAUAUCCUAUUGAAUUAUGACGUCAAAAAAAAAUAAUAAUGUCGAGAAAUAACGCUAUCUUUUAUAUAACGCACUUUUAACCAGUCUAAAGAUUUCACUAGGAUCAUUUUAAAGUAAUCUUGAAGUAUUCUUGAAAACCGAUGGAACAACACCAACUCGUGUGUACACUUCGGCUGAACAGCAUAGUAGAUAAGAACGAACAUAAUCCUUCGUACAUAAAGACAGCUGUAUGUAAUGGAAGUAGUCGAGGAGUGUUAUGUAGAGCACGCGCGUUAUAUUUAUAUGACUUCCAACAUGAUUUAAUGGCUAGUGUCCAUUUGAGAGAAAUACCGUCAAUCGCUUUCGAUAGUCAUAUUUUGAUUAAUCAAUAUGACUACAACGUAUCAUAGAAAAGUCACUUUCUUAUUCUUAUAUUAUUACUAUCUUCAAUUCUACGAGAAUUACUCCCAGAUAGACACUAAGCUUUAGGAUCGAAAUUUAGCGUAAGUAAUUGAAUUAACUAUCGUUACUUUACUGUUGCUAAUCGUUAGGAUGUACAUUUUAUUCGUCUCACUUUAAUUUAAUCAUAUCGUUAUCGUCUGCACGUUGCACAGCUCAUAAUCUAUGCUUGCGUCAACUAUUAAUGACACUGCUGAACUAGGAUACAACCUUGCCGAAGCAACUUUAUCUGUGUUAAAUGCCCUUUAAACCGUGGUGACCCUGGUGGUUAGAAGUCUUAAG